CCUCGACCAACACACGCAGUCAACACAGCUUCACCGCAUUAGCAUUAGCCAACCGUCCGCUGAUAACUGUUGUCCCUCCCCCCUUUGCUCUUCCUUCUAGUCCACCACCAACGCCAUCUACUUGUAUACCAAUCCAAUCUAAAACAUGGGAGGUGAUCACCCAUGCCCGGUCUGCAAGGCCACCUUCACUCGUCCCCAGCAUGUUGCGCGGCAUAUGCGAUCUCACACCGGAGACCGACCCUACAAAUGUCAGCAAUGUGGAGAUCAGUUUGCUCGAAGCGACCUCCUUUCCCGGCACGUGAACAAAUGCCACAGCCAUAAUCCGCAGCCGCCGGGGCAAGGUAAGAGCACCGCCGCUAAUCAGGAUAUGGAUGACAAGCGGCGGGCCUGCGAUCAGUGCAACCACUCAAAGGUGCGAUGCGACUUCGGGAUUCCAUGCGGAAAGUGCAUUCAGAGGAAGACUAUAUGCACCUACGCGAAACCACCAAAGAAACCCGUGGCGCAGAAGGAUUUUUCGGAUAUGCCGAGUACAUCAGCAAGCACUUCGGUCUAUGACUUCCCUCCGGGCGCCCAUAUGACCAUGUCCGUUCCCGGGGUUCCGCUGCAUUACCUGCACCCGUCUGGUGCCGUCUCCAAUGAUUUCGGUCUGCGAGCUCCGAAUAUCCCGGUAUUUGGCGGUAUCGGGAGCGAUUACAUGCAGAUGCAGGCACCCCGCAACAUGUACGACUCCCCUUCGCCUAACGCACCCUCGCUCACGAUGUCCGUCAGCACGCUGGAAUCAGCGGGCUCGUCGCCAGAGUCACAGAACUUGUCCAACAGCCCAAACGGUGUUGGAGGCAAGGGAAGUCGACGUCGUUCUUUGACAGUGCCGACUCAGCCCUUCCCAUACCCCCAGCAAAUGUACUCCGGAGGUCAGUUUCCAGUGGACAACGGGAUCAACACCACUGGCAGGCUGGAGAAUGGACCAAUGUCAGCUUAUCCAUAUGUGGGCGGUGGCCUGACAUCGGGUAACGUCAGUGCCCUGUCCCAGCCGAUGAGCAUUUCAAAUAACUGGCCUAUGCUCCAGAACGAUGUCAACAACUACUUGCCGAGCGGUGAUUCCUCAUUUCACACUCGAAAUCCCUCGAACGCCUCAUCAAUCGACCCCAGUUCUCUUUCCAACUGGAAUGGCUCUGCCGAGAGUUCGUCGUCAAAUUUGAAUUCGGGGAUGACAUUCCCCCUAGCGCCUGCACCAACCAUCAACACAAACUUGAACAAUAGUACGUUUCCUGUCAUGGACAUGUCCAACUUUGUGAACGAUGAGUUCGGUCGUCCUCUCACCGCUGCCUCUGACGGAAGUUUCGCACAUGCACUCGAUGGACUGACGCUUCAGGAUCCGUCAUACACCGACCCAAAUGCACUUUAUCAGCAAUAUCUCACUAACUCGAUGCCCGCACCGCAACCAACGAUGCCAAACCCUACCGAGAACCUCCCUACAGGUCAGACGCCUGACCUGUGGGCAGCGUUCAUGUCUGAACCGUUUGGCGACAACACGCCUACUGCGGAGAAGCAGCAGCAGGUGAAUGGGAUGAACAUGCCCACACCGCUCAAGGGGUUUCGGCCCCAAUUGCUGACACGCCUCUCCAAGAGCAACUCCAUGCCCGACCUUACUCCUCUUGCUAAGGCAGGUACCCCUGGACUCUUGCAGCAGCAGCAAGAUGAUAAACCACCCCUUCCUCGGCAUUCACGUACUCCGGGCGAGGUCGGAAAACCACUCAUUGCCCCACUGGCCGCGAAUGCCGAAAGCCUCAAAGCUUAUCAGGAAGCGUGCCUCGCCAGGCAGGCUCCUGCGCUGAGACUUUUGCCCAAGGUGAAGACUAGUAGGAGCCCUACGUCUACUGCCAGCGAGAGUCUCUCGCCCCAUCUUGCAAGCACGCUUGGCAUUCAGGCCGCUUCACCUGCUCGGGAGCGUUCGACUAGCGGCACCUCUCAAUCGUCAGUGCAAACAGCUAUGGGUCGGCCUUAUUCUGCGAGCCAGCCUCCGCCUCAACAAAGCAAAGCAGCGUAUCCCUAUACGCAACCUCGAUCGGGCAGCAAUCUCCGCCCUCCGGGAAUGGCCGCAUUCCCGACUCUUUCGCCACACACCCGUUUCCUUUCUCAAUCUCUUCUGGCUCAGAAUAUGCAGCAGCAACAAGCGCGUCCAUCAAACAAGCGUCUACCGUCUACGACCCUCGCACCUGACAACGCGAAGCGUGCUUUGUUCCACAAUCUUGGUCAUGAGAACAACGAAGAACACGAGUAUGCGUUAUUCGAAGACGACCGUACCGAGUUUUUUUCAGUCGGACAGGGCGACCGCCGGAGACGCCAGAGCGUCCCGUCCGUCUCCCCUCCCACUGUGAGAUCUACCAGUGCCAGUUCCGUGUCGGAGGAGCCUGAUCGCUCCCAUGCUUCGACUCUCCGUCCUCGAAUCAUCACCGAUGCGAUGCGUUUCCCAGCCGCUGCUCCCCAGCUCGUGAACCAGGUUCAGUAGCGUGGGCGCUGUUUGUUCUCUGAGUGGACAGUUUUGCCAUCUCGUUUCUUUGUUCUCUCUACGCCUUUUCUACUAAUAUGCUGCAUGCUUUACUGUAUUUCUAUCUUCCUUUCUCUGUACUCAUUUUUCUUUACUUCACUUCCCCCGAAGCGACUCUUGUCUGAGCUCGUCAUGCUUGCAUCCCUUUCCACCCACAUCGACCUUGUAUCGACGUAGUGAACUUUCCACUCCUUUUAUCGUUUCCACUCUGAGCCACCGGCCUGAGAAAAUA